AAUUGAAAGAGAAAUUUUCCAACUCUCUCUUUCUCAUCAAAGCGUUAUUGAGUUAGAGAAUACAGUGAAAACUCUGCAUUUUGCAUUGCAUCAGCUGCUCGUCGACCAUUAAGAAAGAAUGUGAACAAUCUGUAGAUUCUAGUAGGAUGAAUAAAAGAAAAAAUCAAAACAACGAUGAUAAAACUUUUAAAAAGCCAGAAAACAUUCAAAAUUCUUGUUCAAACAAGAUGUUGAAAACAAAUACUUCUACAACGAUAAUGAUAGAUGAAUUUUCCAAAGAUGAAAAACCUUGUCGAAGAAAUUUUCAUUCACUUGAUCAAUAUACUCAACAUAAAUUGUUAAUUAAUUAUUAUAAGCUUACACAUCCUGGUAGCUGUCAUCAAGUGUUUCAACGAGAUCAUUCACAAGAUAAAGGUGACAUACAGGUUUUGAUUGAAAAUCAUCGAUUUAUCUGGCCGGAAGAAGAUUUACAAUCAAAUCAAUUAACCUGGGGACAACGUGUAGCCAAAAAAUAUUAUGAUCGUUUAUUCAAAGAAUAUUGUAUCAUCGAUCUUAGUCUUUACAAACAAAAUAAAUUUGGAAUGCGUUGGCGAACCGAACCUGAAGUAAUUGAAGGUAAAGGUCAGUUUAUUUGUGGUAAUAAAGUCUGCUCGAUACGAUCCAAUUUAACUUCAUGGGAAGUGUUGUUUGCUUAUGUUGAAAAUGGAGAAAAACAUUCUGCAUUAAUCAAAGUAAAACUUUGUUUCGAUUGUUCAACGAAAUUGAAUUAUCACCGACAACAUAAAAAAGCAAAGAAAAACCAAAAAGAUGCUCGAAAAUUGAAAAACAAAAAAUCGAAUCACCAACAACAAAAAGUUGAAGUGAAGGAAGAGAUUCUUACAUCAGACGAUGAAGCUGGUUUGUUCAAAAAUUCUGAAUCAUUAUUACAAAAUGAUCAUAAUGAUAAUGAUGAUGAAACUUAUGAACAAUUGAUCGAUAAGAUAUGGCGAAAACCGAUCAAAUUAGAACAAGAAAGUGAUGAUGAUCAAGAAGAAGGAAAAAAAUUGGAAAAUGAUCUCGAUAAUUAUUUGGAUGAACUUUUUCAAUAAUAACGUUUUAUGUGUGUGUAUGAUCAAUUUUUAGGAAAGAUUUCGCAAUGCUGAGAUGUUGCAAUGCGUCGGUGUGAUGCAUUUUGUUGUUUUUGUUUACUGUCAUUACAAUCAAAAAAUCUGAAAUUCUUUC